GCUUUGGUAGUAAAACGACUUGGCCACACUGGCUUGCAGAAAAAAUAAAACAAAUUGUAAAAAGGCAUCCACAAAUGUUUUCUAGUGCAGCUCUCCGCGUUUAAUUAAAAUUUGUGAGCGUUUUGGAAUGCUGAAUGUGUUUCGCCAGCAGUAUCAUCGAAGCGCACAGGAAGUUAUUUAUAGCGCCGCCGGAUUUGGAUCAUCCCGAUCCAGCCACGCCCACGAUUUCGAGCAAAAUCAAGAUGUCAAGGGGGAAAUCCCGCUUGCAAACCGAAGUUUGCGGCGAUUGUGGAGCUGGUGAUCCAUCCUGGGCGAGUAUUAAUCGGGGAAUUCUCCUCUGUGCCGAUUGCUGUUCAGUACACCGAAGCCUAGGCAGGCACAUCUCCAUUGUGAAGUCCCUGCGACAGGGAAAUUGGGAACCUUCUGUUCUGAAUUUUGUCAAUUCCCUGAAUGCCCAUGGAGCCAACAGUGUUUGGGAGCAUCAUCUGCUGGAUGGCAGUACCAAUUCCACUGGGGGAAAACAUGUGCCAAGGUGGCGAAAACCAACACCGAAGGAUGCACUGCAUCCCACCAAAUCCGACUUCAUCAAGGCCAAACAUGUUCAUCUUACGUUCGUGUUGAAGCCAAGUCUUCAAGAUGAUGAUGAUGGCAAUGGCUCUCCGAUCAGUCUUGAACAGGAGCUAAGCCGGCAACUCCACGCCAGCGUGAGGACCAGUAAUUUGGAAACCUCACUACGCUUCUUGGUUCAGGGAGCUGAUCCCAAUUACUAUCACGAGGACAAGCUAUCGACGCCACUUCAUAUGGCAGCCAAGUUCGGCCAGGCAUCACAGAUCGAAAUGCUGCUGAUCUAUGGAGCCGAUGUAAACGCUUUGGAUGGUAAUGGGAUGACUCCGCUGGAAUUAGCCAGGGCUAACAACCAUAAUACCAUCGCCGAUAGACUACUAGAGGCCAUGUACGAUGUUACCGAUAGGAUCAUCACCUUUUUGGGUGGGAAGAAGCCGGAUCAUGCAAGUGGCCGCCACUUGAUAAUACCGGAUGCCAAUGGCGCCGACAUAAGCGAGCAACUGAAGAUUGCCCGUGGAAAGCUGCAACUUGUGCCAAAUAAGAUGUUUGAGGAGCUGGUCAUGGACCUUUACGACGAGGUGGACAGACGAGAGUGCGAAGCCAUCUGGUCAACGAGCACCCUGAAUGCUGAACAUGCAACUGUGCCAUUUCUGCCGGCUAAUCCAUUUUUGAGCGCCACGCGCAAUCAGGGUCGUCAGAAACUGGCACGCUUCAAUCGUGCCGAGUUCACUGGUCUAUUGACCGACGUGCUCGUCGACGCUUUGAGGCGUCAGAAUAUGGCGAACCUUCGUCCAUUGGAUGCCCCAAUGCCAGGGCAUCAGUCGCUGCAAUCGCUGCCAUAUGCCAAUAACUCAAUGCUGCUCGGUUCGUUCGAGCAGGGCGGUCAUGAUCCGAAUCUUUCGGAUGAUGAGCCCAUCUACGAUCCGGUGGCCAGUGAUGAUGACUAUGCGCCAGUGCCACCAAUGGCCCAGCAGGCUAUUGUGCAUACGCCACCCCGAAAUGCUAAUUCGCACAACGAAAUGGAAACGCUGCGUAAACAGCUUAGCGACUAUAAGUCGGAGAUCAAUCAACUGAAGAACGUGGUCCAGAUGCUGUCCAGUGAGAACUCGCAGCUAAAGUCGAAGUUCUCGAGCGCCUCCAACAACAGCGUCUAUGAUGAGCCACUUCGCAUUGAUCUGAGCUUGAGUAGUCCUGAUACAGAGCACGAGCCGCUUUCGCUGCCGGAAGGUGGAACUGCAAAUAUGGAAAGUGGCUCCUCCAAUGACUCUUCAAAUCAGUCGACCAUCAAGCGUCCAGCCAGCAUGUACGAGCGGCGCCUGGUUCCCAAUGUGUCCAAGGGUCACACGGAUAUCAGGAAUACCACUAGCAUGUAUCAAAUGGCUGGCGAUGGCAAACCUUUCGGUGAGGAAGUAAAAGUGCGCUCUGAUUUGGUCACUCGCUGCCUCAAGGAGCUCAUAAAAGCAAUGCAACCAGUGCCGGAGGAUCAGAAGCAAUCAAUUGCCCCACAUGGAGAACUUAUCCGUAGUGCCGUGACUGAUUUAAUUGCUCUUUAUGCUAAUUUGCCCUCAAAUGCUAGCGACACAACCCGCGAGACCCUUAAACUGCUGACCCGCCAGAACAUUCUUAUUCAGCACGAGUGCGAGAAUCUGCAGAAGGCCAUCGAGGCGGAUGACAAGCAGGCCAUACAGAAAAACACCUUGGAGGUGCGCGACUGCGCCUUCCACAUUGCCAGUGCCAUAAAGACCUUGGUGUUGCAGUUCUAUUGAAAUGACCAAUACACAAACGACCUAGAAGUUUAACUCACCUUUAUUAAAGUAUUAACCCAACCAAUUUAGUGCCCGCUGACUAACAAAAGUGCUUCCGCCAAAUAAAUUAAAGAAUCCCCUUUACAUAUAGUUUAUGUAUUUAAUAAAUGUUUACAUAAAUCAA